AUGGACCAGGAAGAGAAAGAGGAUGGGGGCUCGGCCUCCUGCGACAAGAAGGGGCAGGGCGGGCCCGGGGGUCGGGGGGGGGAAGCUAGCCGGCCAGGAGGGGAGCUGAGGGCUCCUCCAGCUGAGGGGCCGGCCGGACUGGGUGUGUCUGUCCCCCAGGCGGGCUCCCCAGACCAGGAGGGCUUCUUCAACCUGCUGAGCCACGUGCAGGGCGGCCGGAUGGAAGAGCAGCGCUGCUCACUGCAGGCGGGGCCGGGCCCAGCCUCCGAGGGCCGUGAGAGUGGGCAGGGAGACAGUGGCCCUGCACCCGAGAUGGACAGUCUCAUGGACAUGCUGGCCAGCACCCAGGGCCGCCGCCUGGAUGACCAGCGUGUGACAGUCAGCGCCCUGCCUGGCUUCCAGCCUGUGGGCCCCAAGGAUGGAGUGCAGAAACGAGCCGGGACUCUCAGCCCCCAACCCCUCCUCACCCCUCAGGACCCGACUGCACUCAGCUUCCGUCGAAACAGCAGCCCCCAGCCCCAGACACAAGCUCCCUGAGGGCCUGAGGCGUCCUGGGCCCCACCUGGCCCCCAAAAGCAGACAAUAAAACACUUCCACGAGCAAC